AUGGUGAAGAUUGCUAUUGCCGGCCCUGGGCGAAGACUAACUAAACAUUUGCGAACAGAGGUUGCCCGUGAGGUCAUCGAUGCCCUCGUGGCCACGGGCAAGCACGAGAUCAUUAUCUUGUCUCGAAAGGAACCAGCCCCUGAACAAGCUGGAGCGGGCGUCACAUGGGUUAAGGUCGACUACCAGGACUUCAAGGGCCUUGUUCAGAUUCUGCACGGCGUCCACACAGUUCUGUCGUUCAUCGUUGUGCAACAAGACCCAGAAAAUGCAUCCCAAAAGGCUCUGAUUGAUGCCGCUAUCGAGGCUGGGGUUAAGAGGUUUGCCCCGAGCGAAUGGAUCCAAUCUGGAGUAACCGACGGCAAGGCCGAGGUCAGAAGGUACUUGGAAGGGAAGAACAAGGAUAAGAGGGUGAUCGAGUACUGCCUCUUCCGCCCGAGCAUCUUCCUCAACUAUGUAGCCGGCAGGCGGAAGACCGCCAAGCACCUGGUGGCCAUUGACUGGUUCGUCGAUAUCGACAACUGCCGUGCCAUCGUCCCCGGAAGCGCUCUACACAGGAGCAGCCUUGUUACGGUACAAGACGUCGCCAAGAUUGUUGCAAAGGCUGUUGACCACGAGGGCGAGUGGCCCAUAGUCGGCGGCAUCAACGGAAAUACCGUAUCCCUCGCCGACCAGAUAGCCAUCGGAGAGAAUAUCACGGGAAAACCUUUCAAGGUUGAAGUCCUUGAUCUUGAGGAUCUCAAGAAGGGAGUGUUCGGGGCAUCCUGGGUGCCGGUGUUUGACAACCCGGCGCUGAGCCAUCUCGACCAGGCUACCAAGGUGGAGGUUUGCAAACAGAUUUCAUGCCAAAUCCUGCUCUCCAUUGCAAAUGGCGACACUGUCGCUACGGACGAGUGGAACAAAAUCUUCGUGGGCUACAAGUUUACGGGGCUCGAGGAAUUCGUGACGAAGGUCUGGGCAGAUAAGUGGGAGGCCUGA